AUGGGGUGUUUUAAUUCAACAAUUCUUUCUCGAUGCCGAGUUGUUGACCUAGGUUUCACUCGCCUUGGUGGCAAGCUUCCAAAGGGUGUUUUGCUUACGGGCCCACCCGGCACAGGGAAGACCAUGUUGGCAAGGGCUGUGGCCGCAGAAGCCCGCUUCUCUUUCUUUGCAUGCAGUGGCAGUGAUUUCGAGGAGGUGUAUGUGGGUCUUGGGGCUAAGAGAGUGCGGGAGCUCUUCCGUGUAGCAAAGAAGCGAUCUCCUUGCAUAAUAUUCAUCGAUGAGAUUGACGCCGUUGCUGGGCGCAGACACGCAAUAGACCCGUCGUGGCAGAGGCAGACCAUGAACCAGCUGCUUUCUGAGAUGGAUGGCUUCAGGCAGAAUGAAGGGAUCAUUGUGAUCGCCGCGACAAACUUCCCAGAGUCGCUAGAUAAAGCCAUUGUCAGGCCUGGGCGUCUUGACCGUCAAAUCCAUGUUCCUAAUCCAGAUGUUGAGGGCCGGCGGCAGAUCCUUGAGGCUUACAUGUCAAAGGUGCGUAAAGCCGAGGGUGUGGAUGCGAUGACCAUUGCGAGGGGGACGCCCGGGUUCUCAGGUGCAGAUCUUGCAAACCUAGUGAAUGACGCCGCUCUCAAGGCUUCCAGGGAUGGGGCAGAUGCUGUUGGGAUGGAUCACCUCGAGUACGCCAAGGACAGGAUCAUCAUGGGCAGCGAACGCAAGUCAGCGGUGAUAUCUGAUCAUUCGAAGAAAAUGACUGCCUACCAUGAGGGAGGGCACGCCCUUGUUGCUAUCCUCACGGACGGUGCUGACCCUGUCCACAAGGCCACAAUUAUGCCAAGGCGAAAUGCUCUCGGCAUGGUGACACAACUGCCAAGGGAAGACAGCGAGCUGGAACUCUCGAGGAAGCAGAUGCUGGCAAGGCUGGAUGUCCUCAUGGAAGGGCGGGUGGCCAAGGAGCUUAUAUUUGGAGAAACCGGGAUUACAACUGGUGCCUCAUCUGACCUGAGCAAGGCGACUAAAUUGGCGAAAGACAUGGUCACCAGAUAUGGCAUGAGCAAGCGGGUCGGCCUUGUUUCCUACAGCAACGACGGUGAUGGUGGUGAUGGCAAGACCACGGCCCUGGUUGAUGAGGAGGUGAAAGAUUUAUUGGAUAGCGCUUACAAGAAUGCGAAAAUGAUUCUCACGGAGCAUAACAAGGAGUUUCAUGCGCUAGCAAAUGCCCUCCUGAAGCAUGGAACUCUCACUGGCGACGAGAUCAUGAAACUAGUAUUGACAGAACAACAAGCAGAUGGUCGCAAGGUAACACCUUCUCUCACUGGCGACGAGAUCACGGAACCGGUGUCAACACAAGAACAAAUAGGCGAUGCUAAGAAUGGUCAGCAGUAA